GGAGAGACAGAGAGAGAGACACAGACAGAGACAGAGAGAGACAGACAGAGAGAGAGAGAUAGAGAGAGAGAGAGAGGAGGAGGAGUCAGCUGCUGUGAGCUCCACACCGACCCCGCCCCUCUCUGGUGGGAGGAGUCUGAUCAGAGUCAGUUGAACUGUGUCCGGAGAAAAAAGUCGAAGGAACCAGGAGAGAAUCUGGAACAAAGACUGACAGCCAAAGAAGAACUCCAGAGCUGUGCAUCUGAUUGGACAGGAGGGCUGUCACUCAAACAGUGUUUUACAUCAGGAGUCGGGCCGAGGUGCAGAGCAGCAGUCAUGGUGGCCCUGUCACUCAAGAUCGGCGUGGGGAACGUGGUGAAGACGAUGCAGUUUGAACCGUCCACCAUGGUGUACGACGCCUGCCGCAUGAUCAGGGAGAGAGUUCCUGAGGCACAGCUCGGACAGCCCUCAGACUACGGGCUGUUCCUGUCUGAUGAGGACCCAAAGAAAGGCAUCUGGCUGGAGGCAGGGAAGGCCCUGGAUUACUACAUGCUGAGGAAUGGAGACACUCUGGAGUACAAGAAGAAGCAGAGGCCUCUGAAGAUCCGCAUGCUGGACGGCACCGUGAAGACCGUCAUGGUGGACGACUCCAAGAUCGUCAGCGACAUGCUCAUGACCAUCUGCGCCAGGAUAGGCAUCACAAACUAUGACGAGUACUCGCUGGUGCGAGACAUCGGCGAGGAGAAGAAGGAAGAGACCACAGGGACACUGAAGAGAGACAAGACUCUGCUGAGAGACGACAAGAAAAUGGAGAAGCUGAAGCAGAAACUGCACACAGACGACGAGUUGAACUGGUUGGACCACGGCAGGACGCUGAGGGAGCAGGGCGUGGAGGAGACAGAGAUGCUGCUGCUCAGGAGGAAGUUCUUCUACUCGGAUCAGAACGUGGACUCCAGAGAUCCGGUCCAGCUCAACCUGCUCUACGUGCAGGCCCGUGACGACAUCCUGAACGGCUCCCACCCCGUCUCCUUUGACAAGGCCUGUGAGUUUGCAGGUUAUCAGUGUCAGAUCCAGUUCGGCGACCACAACGAGACCAAGCACAAGCCGGGAUUCCUGGAUCUAAAGGAGUUCCUUCCCAAAGAGUAUAUCAAGAACAAAGGAGAGAAGAAAAUCUUCCAGGCCCACAAAAACAGCCAGAACAUGACGGAGAUCGAGGCCAAGGUCAGCUACGUGAAGCUGGCCAGGUCCCUGAAGACCUACGGAGUGUCCUUCUUUCUGGUCAAGGAGAAAAUGAAGGGAAAGAACAAACUGGUCCCUCGUCUGCUGGGAAUCACCAAGGAGUGCGUGAUGAGGGUGGACGAGAAGACGAAGGAGGUGAUCCAGGAGUGGAACCUGACCAACAUCAAACGCUGGGCUGCUUCGCCCAAGAGCUUCACCCUGGACUUUGGAGACUACCAGGACGGUUACUACUCUGUGCAGACCACCGAGGGGGAGCAGAUCGCUCAGCUCAUCGCCGGAUACAUCGACAUCAUCCUCAAGAAGAAGAAGAGCAAAGAUCAUUUCGGUCUGGAAGGAGAUGAAGAGUCAACGAUGCUGGAAGACUCUGUGUCGCCCAAAAAGUCCACGCUGCUGCAGCAGCAGUUCAACAAGGUGGGGAAGGUGGAGACGGGCUCGGUGGCGCUGCCGGCCAUCAUGCGCUCCGGAGCCGGAGGACCAGAGAGCUUCCAGAUGGGCUCCAUGCCUCAGGCCAAGCAGCACAUCACCAGUGGACAGAUGCACCGGGGACACAUGCCUCCGCUGACCUCAGCUCAACAAGCUCUGACUGGAACCAUUAACUCCAGUAUGACGGCGGUCCAGGCUGCUCAGGCCGCUCUGGCCGACUUCGACACUCUGCCGCCGCUGGGAACCGACGCCGCGUCCCAGGCCUGGCGCAAAAACAAGAUGGACGAGUCCAAACACGAGAUCCACUCCCAGGUGGACGCCAUCACAGCAGGCACCGCCUCCAUGGUCAACCUCACCGCAGGCGACCCGGCGGAGACGGACUACACGGCCGUGGGUUGUGCUGUCACCACCAUCUCCUCCAACCUGACGGAGAUGUCGAAGGGCGUCAAGCUGCUGGCGGCGCUCAUGGAGGACGAAGGAGCAAACGGUCAGCAGCUGCUGGGCGCCGCUAAGAACCUGGCGUGUGCCGUCUCCGACAUGCUGAAGACCGCUCAGCCGGCCAACACAGAGCCGCGUCAGAUCCUGCUGCAGGCCGCAGGAAACGUGGGUCAGGCCAGCGGAGAGCUGCUGUCCCACAUCGGAGAGACGGACACAGACCCUCAGUUCCAGGACAUGCUAAUGCAGCUAGCUAAAGCUGUAGCUAACGCCGCCGCAGCCCUGGUGCUCAAGGCCAAGAACGUGGCCCAGAAGACGGAGGACCCGGUCCAGCAGAACCGUGUGAUCGCGGCGGCCACUCAGUGUGCUCUGUCCACGUCCCAGCUGGUGGCCUGCACCCGGGUCGUGGCUCCGACCAUCAGCUCGCCGGUGUGUCAGGAGCAGCUGAUCGAGGCCGGGAAGCUGGUGGCCAAGUCUGUGGAGGGCUGCGUGGAGGCGUCACAGGGGGCGACCAAUGACGAGGGCCUCCUGAAGCAGGUGGGCGUGGCUGCCACCGGCGUCACUCAUGCCCUCAACGAGCUGCUCCAGCACAUCAAACAGUACGCCAGCGGCGGCCAUCCCAUCGGACGCCACGGAGAAGCCACCGACCGCAUCCUGGAUGUCACCGAGAACAUCUUCAGCUCCAUGGGAGACGCUGGUGAGAUGGUUCGUCAGGCUCGUAUUCUCGCCCAGGCCACGUCUGAUCUGGUCAACGCCAUCAAGAUGGAUGCCGAGGGAGAGACGGACCUGGAGAACUCCCGUAAACUGCUGUCAGCCGCCAAGAUGCUGGCCGAUGCCACUGCCAAGAUGGUGGAGGCGGCUAAGGGGGCGGCAGCGAACCCUGACAGCGAGGAGCAGCAGCAGAAGCUACGAGAGGCGGCCGAGGGUCUCCGCAUGGCCACCAACGCCGCCGCCCAGAACGCCAUCAAGAAACGCCUCGUCAACAAGCUGGAGAACGCAGCCAAACAGGCGGCGGCAGCCGCCACUCAGACCAUCGCUGCUGCUCAGCACGCCGCCUCGUCCAACAGGAACCAGGCCGCGCAGCAGCAGCUGGUGCAGAGCUGCAAGGUGGUGGCGGAGCAGAUCCCUCAGCUGGUUCAGGGAGUCCGGGGCAGCCAGUCUCAGCCCGACAGCCCCAGCGCUCAGCUCGCCCUCAUCAGUGCCAGCCAGAACUUCCUGCAGCCUGGUGCUAAGAUGGUCACAGCCUCUAAAUCCACUGUUCCCAACAUCGGUGACCAGGCCUCCGCGAUGCAGCUCAGCCAGUGUGCGAAGAACCUGGCCAGUGCUCUGGCUGAGCUGCGCACCGCCUCUCAGAAGGCCCAGGAAGCGUGUGGUCCGUUGGAGAUUGACAACGCUUUGUCAAUGGUCAGAGGUCUGGAGAAAGACAUGAGGGAGGCCAAGGCUUCAGCUGAAGAGGGGAAACUCAAACCACUGCCAGGAGAGAAGCUGGAGAAAUGCUCCCAGGAUCUGAGCACCAGCACCAAGGCUGUGAGCUCAGCCAUGGCUCAGCUGCUGAGUGAGGCCACGCAGGGCAACGAGAACUACACAGGCAUGGCAGCCAGGGACGUGGCCCAGGCGCUCAGGUCCCUGGCCUCGGCCGCCCGGGGAGUCGCUGCCACCACGGACGACCCUCAGGCGCGUGACGCCGUGCUGGACUGUGCCGGGGACGUCAUGGACAAGUCGGGCAACCUGAUAGAAGAGACCAAGAGGGCCAUCGCCAAGCCCGGAGACCCAGAGAGUCAGCAGAGGCUCGCCCAGGUGGCGAAGGCCGUGUCUCAGGCCCUGAACAGAACCGUGAACUGCCUUCCUGGACAGAGGGACGUGGACAACGCCAUCCGCACAGUGGGCGAGGCCAGCAAGACCCUCCUGUCGGACUCUUUCCCGUCCAGUGGGCGGAGCUUCCAGGAGGUUCAGGCUCAGCUCAACGAGGUGGCGGCCGGUCUCAAUCAGUCGGCCAAUGAGGUGGUGCAGGCCUCCAGAGGGACCACGCAGGACCUGGCCAGGUCCACCAGCAAGUUCGGACAGGACUUCAGCCACUUCCUGGACGCUGGAGUCGACAUGGCAGGAACAUCACAGUCCAAACAGGACCAGACCCAGGUGGUGUCCAACCUGAAGACCAUCUCCAUGUCCUCCAGUAAACUGCUGCUGGCAGCCAAAGCUCUGACCACCGACCACAGCUCCCCCAACCUGAAGAACCAGCUGGCAGCUGCCGCUCGAGCCGUCACAGACAGCAUCAACCAGCUCAUCACCAUGUGCACUCAGCAGGCGCCGGGUCAGAAGGAGUGUGACAACGCUCUCAGAGAACUGGAGUCGGUGAGGGGGAUGCUGGAGAACCCGACGGAGGCCGUCAGUGAGCUGUCGUACUUCGACUGCAUCGACAGCGUGAUGGAGAACUCGAAGGUCCUCGGCGAGUCCAUGGCUGGAAUUUCCCACAAUGCCAAGAACUCCAAUCUGCCAGAGUUCGGUGAUUCAGUCAGCGCCGGCUCCAAAGCUCUGUGUGGUCUGACCGAAGCAGCUGCUCAGGCAGCCUAUCUGGUGGGAGUGUCUGACCCCAACAGCUCGGCGGGUCAGAAGGGGCUGGUGGACCCCUCCCAGUUUGCCCGGGCCAAUCAGUCCAUUCAGAUGGCGUGUCAGAACCUGGUGGACCCCGCCUGCACUCAGUCACAGGUUCUCUCUGCCGCCACCAUCGUGGCCAAACACACCUCGGCUCUGUGUAACGCCUGCCGCCUGGCGUCCUCCAGGACUCCCAACCCGGUGGCCAAGAGGCAGUUUGUGCAGUCGGCCAAAGAAGUGGCCAACACCACGGCCAACCUGGUGAAGUCCAUCAAGGCUUUAGACGGAGCCUUUAACCACGAGAACAGAGAGAAGUGCAAAGCUGCGACUGUUCCUCUGAUCGAAGCCGUCGACAACCUCACGGCCUUCGCCUCCAACCCGGAGUUCGCCAGCAUCCCGGCUCAGAUCAGCCCCGAGGGUCACGCAGCCAUGGAGCCCAUCGUGGUGGCAGCGCAGACGAUGCUGGAGAGCUCGACCGGCCUCAUCCAGACCGCCCGCUCUCUGGCUGUCAACCCCAAAGACCCCCCCAAGUGGUCAGUGCUGGCAGGACACUCCAGGACUGUGUCGGACUCCAUCAAGAAACUCAUCACCAACAUGAGAGAAAAGGCUCCUGGUCAGAGAGAAUGUGACGAUGCCAUCGACGUGCUGAACGGUUGCAUCCGUGAGGUGGACCAGGCGUCUCUAGCCGCCAUCAGCCAGCAGCUGACCCCCCGAGAGGACAUCUCCAUGGAGAACCUCCAUGAGCAGAUGGCGGCCUCGGUGCAUGAGAUCAGUAACCUGAUCGACCCUGUGGCGGUGGCGGCUCGUUAUGAGGCCUCUCAUCUGGGACACAAGGUGUCCCAGAUGGCGAGCUACUUCGAGCCCCUCAUCAUGGCGGCCAUCGGCACAGCGUCUAAGAUCGUGAGCAGCCAGCAGCAGAUGGCCGUGUUGGACCAAACCAAGACGCUGACAGAGUCGGCCCUGCAGAUGCUCUACACCGCCAAGGAGGCGGGGGGAAACCCCAAGGCCGCUCACAUGCAGGAGGCUCUGGAGGAGUCGGUGCAGAUGAUGAAGGAAGCCGUGGACGACCUCGGGGCGACUCUGGCGGAAGCUGCCAGUGCAGCCGGCGCCGUGGGCGGGAUGGUGGACUCCAUCAACGACGCCAUCAACAAGAUGGAAGACUCGCCUACUAUGGAACCUGACGGCACCUUCGUGGACUAUCAGACGACCAUGGUGAAGACGGCCAAGGCCAUCGCCGUCAAUGUGCAGGAGAUGGUGACCAAAUCCAACACCAACCCAGACGACCUCGGAGGAUUGGCCAACCAGCUCACCAACGAGUUCGGAAAUCUGGCCAACGAGGCCAAAUACGCAGCCAUGACUGCAGAGAACGAUGAGAUCGGUUCUCACAUCAAGAAGCAGGUUGGCGAGCUCGGCUUCAGCUGCACGGCCCUGGUGACCAAAGCCGGAGCUCUGCAGUGCAGCCCGAACGACUCGUUCACCAAGAAGGAGCUGAUCGAGAGCGCCCGCAAAGUGUCCGAGAAGGUCUCCCAUGUGCUGGCGUCGCUUCAGGCAGGAAACCGUGGCACCCAGGCCUGCAUCACGGCAGCCAGCGCCGUGUCGGGAAUCAUCGCUGACCUGGACACCACCAUCAUGUUCGCUACCGCUGGGUCUCUGAACAGAGAGAACUCCGAGACCUUCGCCGACCACAGAGAAUGUAUCCUGAAGACAGCGAAGGCUCUGGUGGAGGACACCAAGCUGCUGGUGUCCGGUGCUGGAGCCAGUCAGGAGAGACUGGCCCAGGCUGCUCAGUCCUCCGUGGGCACCAUCACCAGACUGGCCGAUGUGGUCAAACUAGGAGCCGCCAGUCUGGGAUCCGAGGACCCAGAGACACAGGUGGUCCUGAUCAACGCAGUCAAAGAUGUGGCCAAAGCGCUGGGUAACCUCAUCAGCAGCACCAAAGCUGCAGCAGGAAAACCUCACGACGACCCGAGCAUGCUGCAGCUCAAGAACUCUGCAAAGGUGAUGGUGACCAACGUGACGUCCCUCCUGAAGACGGUGAAGGCCGUGGAGGACGAGGCCACGAAGGGGACGCGCGCUCUGGAGGCGACCAUCGAACACAUCAAACAGGAGCUGACUGUGUUCCGCAGCUCGGACCCCCCCCCGAAGACGACCACGCCGGAGGAGUUCAUCCGCAUGACCAAAGGAAUCACCAUGGCAACAGCGAAGGCGGUGGCUGCUGGGAACUCGUGUCGUCAGGAGGACAUCAUCGCCACGGCGAACCUCAGCCGCAGGGCCAUCGCCGACAUGCUGCACUCCUGCAAGGAAGCUGCGUUCCACCCCGACGUCAGCAAGGACGUCCAGACGAGGGCGCUGCGCUACGGAAACGAGUGCGCCACAGGAUACCUGGGCCUGCUGGAGCACGUGCUGGUGAUCAUCCAGAAACCGACUCACGACCUGAAGCAGCAGCUGGCCAACUACUCCAAGAGAGUGGCCGGCUCCGUCACCGAGCUCAUCCAGGCCGCAGAGGCCAUGAAAGGCACCGAGUGGGUGGACCCUGAGGAUCCCACCGUCAUCGCAGAGAACGAGCUGCUCGGAGCGGCGGCCGCCAUCGAAGCCGCUGCCAAGAAGCUGGAGCAGCUGAGGCCGAGGACCAAACCCAAGGAAGCAGACGAGAGCCUGAACUUCGAGGAGCAGAUUCUGGAGGCGGCCAAAGCCAUCGCCGCCGCCACCAGCGCCCUGGUGAAGGCUGCCUCCGCUGCCCAGAGGGAGCUGGUGGCUCAGGGGAAGGUGGGAGCGAUCCAAGCCAACGCAGUGGACGACGGCCAGUGGUCUCAGGGACUCAUCUCAGCUGCUCGGAUGGUGGCCGCCGCGACCAGCAACCUGUGUGAGGCGGCCAACUCGGCGGUGCAGGGCCACGCCAGCGAGGAGAAGCUCAUCUCCUCGGCCAAGCAGGUGGCAGCGUCCACCGCUCAGCUGCUGGUCGCCUGCAAGGUCAAGGCCGACACGGACUCCCAGACCAUGAAGAGGCUGCAGGCUGCUGGAAACGCUGUGAAGCGAGCGUCUGAUAACCUGGUGAAGGCGGCGCAGAAAGCAGCGUUCGAUGCCCAGGACGACCAGGCCGUGGUGGUCAACAGCAAGAUGGUGGGAGGAAUCGCUCAGAUCAUGGCUGCUCAGGCGGAGAUGCUGAGGAAGGAGCGGGAGCUGGACGAGGCCCGGAAGAGGCUGGCCACCAUCCGGCAGCAGCAGUACAAGUUCCUCCCCACGGAGCUGCUGCAGGACGGCCAGGAGCAGUGAGAGAGAGAGUGUGUGUCUGUGUGUGUGAGUGUGUCUGUGUGUCACCACACAGUAAUGUGACAGUGAUUCAGGACCUGAGGAGGCUCCACCCACCAUCAGAUCCAGUUUCUCAGGAGGGUUUCUGUCUUUAUGUCGAUUAUGGAUUGAAUGAAAGUCUGAUUCUGAUUCUCUUUGAUCUUCUACGUUUUCCUCUGUGUCUUCUCUGCCUUUCAUGUCGUCGUUUUGUAUAUUAUGUGUUUCCGUAUGAAACGACGUCGCUGUUAGAUCUCCGACAUGAGGGCGAGCGCAGUGUAUGCUAACUAUGCUAGCUAUGCAAACAAAUGUAUUCUAUGCAGAUGAUUCUUUUUUGUAUUUGCGUGAGCACGUGUAGCCUCGACGUGUAGAUGGUCUCUGGUCACGUGACUGAUGAUGUGUCACAUGUUUGAAUCUGAGGGAAACAUUGAGUUGUUUUAACUUUGGAUUUGGAACUAAAUCAACUUUGCGAUGGAACAAAUCCGUGUGAAAGCAUUUUUUUAAAGGUGGCGCGACGUGUGAAACUCAGUUAAUAUCAGUGUUUCUGUGUUUGGAUCAAAGCAGCUUCAGUGUUGAGGAUUAGAUUAGACCUGUUUAUGUAAAGAUUAUGAAGCCAUAUAUUUAACUUUCAGCAUCGUACUGACUCCGUGUGGAGGCUCAGUAUCGACUCACUCCAGUCACAUGUCAGUGUCGCUUCCUACUUCCUGUUCGUUUGACGCAUUAAGAGUUCAUGUCGCUCAUAUCAGUGCUUUUAAAGUGAUCAUGAAAUGUGUCCAGUAUAACUUUGUGAUACCAAACAUUUAUCCUCUAAGUGCACUUACUUCAAACUGUCCUUCAUUUCAAUAACCUCACACUCCCUUUCUUCCACAUGUCUCAUAUGAAGACACAACUCCUGAAAGUGUGUGUGUGACUGGGUGGACAUGAUGCUGGUGAGCAGCAGUCCCACCUCCUGCCACUGGGACACCUUGAUAUCCAAUAAAACCAGUUUGAUUUUCAUUUCUCACA